GAGGGGCAUGACGCAGCAUGCAGCGCCGGACGUGAUGAAGUGAAAGUGGCGUAGCGGGCAAGUCCGAGAUUGGAUAAGAGAGGCGUGGCUGGUUAUGCAGGCAAAGAAGGCGAUGCAUCUAACGUGGCUCAUGAGCGCUGCCCUUGUAGGGCUGGCAACCUGUGUGCCUAUUGAACGCCCCAAGGAGAAGCAAGAAGUGGAGACUCCCCCAGAGCCACCAGACACAGGCCUGUAUUAUCACCGCUACCUCCAAGAAGUGAUCAACGUAUUGGAAACGGAUGGACACUUCCGGGAAAAGCUCCAAGCGGCCAAUGCUGAGGACAUCAAGAGUGGAAAACUCAGCAAAGAGCUGGACUUUGUCAGCCACCAUGUCCGCACCAAACUUGAUGAACUGAAGCGUCAGGAGGUAUCCCGGCUCCGGAUGCUUCUGAAGGCCAAGAUGGAUGCAACCAUGGAACAAAAUGUACAGCUCGAUCACCUGGCCAUGCUGAAGCAGUUCGAGCACCUAGACCCUCAAAACCAGCAUACGUUUGAAGCCCGGGACUUGGAGUUGCUUAUUCAAGCUGCAACUAAGGACCUGGAGAACUACGAUGCUGCUCACCACGAGGAGUUCAAGCGUUACGAGAUGAUGAAGGAGCAUGAGCGCCGGGAGUACUUGAAAUCUCUGGAUGAGGAGAAGCGUCGAGAGGAGGAGGCACAUUUUGAGGAGCUCAAGAAGAAGCACAAGGAGCACCCCAAGGUCAACGUCCCGGGCAGCCGCGAUCAACUCAAGGAGGUCUGGCAGGAGACUGACGGCUUGGAUCCCAAUGAGUUCAACCCUAAGACUUUCUUCAAAUUACACGACACAAAUAGUGAUGGAGUUCUAGAUGAGCAGGAGUUAGAGGCUCUCUUCACCAAGGAGCUGGAGAAAGUCUACGACCCCCGUAACGAAGAGGAUGACAUGUUAGAAAUGGAAGAGGAGCGGCUGCGCAUGCGGGAACAUGUCAUGAAAAAUGUUGAUCUGAACAAGGACCGUCUGGUGACCCUGGAUGAGUUCCUCAAAUCCACGCAGAAGAAAGAAUUUAAUGAAGUGAAUGGAUGGGAGACUGUAGAAGAACUACAGAUCUACUCAGAAGCAGAGCUCCAGCGCUUUGAGGCAGAGCUGGCGGCCCAGCAGGAGGAGUUAGGCCGGCAAGCAGAGCAGCUCCGCCAGCAGCAUCAAGAACUUCAACAGCGGCAGGUGGAGCUCAAUGCUCAAAAGAAGGAAUUUCAGCAGGUUGUGCUCCAAAUGGAACAGAGAAAAGCCCAACAGCAGCCUGAGCAGCCACCCCAAGUCGGACCUGGGGGUGAGCUGAGAUUUCAAGCCCAACCACCUCAUGCAGCCCCAGGAGACCAGGCACCUCCUCCACCUGACUCUCAUCCUGGAGCCCCCGCAGUGCUGGAACAUGAUCCCCAGCAGAAACAAGUGGAACCUCUCCAGAACCAGCACUAUCCUGCAGAUCCAGAACACUGAUGGGUUGGGGUUUGGUUGGGUGGGUUAAGGGUUACAUUUUCAUCUUCUCUCUCCCCUGCCCCCAGUACUUGGGGCACCUGAAUCCAAGCUUUCCCCAGGAUUGUGGGCAAAGGGGGCAGGCAGGAAAAUUUCUUCUAUUGCAGAGAACAGUAGGAGGAGUCUUAAUGGAAGUCCCACCCCUAAACCUCUCUCUACCCAUUCCUCUUCCAGUUGUGAGAGAGAAAAGAAUUAUGGGAGAUGUGUAUUUUAAAAAACAAAACAAAACCCUGCUCUUUUUUAUUGAUCAGGGUUCUCUGCUUCUCUCCAGCCCAAAUGAGCCUCUGAGAGAGCCCUUAGGGGCUCUAAGGAGGGAGGGAGAUGGAGGUGUGUUUGCCAUUUAAGAAGAACAGAGGGAGGGAGAAGAAAUGAAGCGAGAGAUGAGCACCAUACCCACAUUGGUUGUCUGUGGUAAUUCUUUCUUAGGCUCCUGGAUGCAUAUGAGAAAAUAAACAGGGUCUCCCACUAACUUCAGUAUUGUACUCUCUGCCCCCGUUCCAAAACGUUGUUCCUUUAUAAUGGGAUUGCAGUAUUGCACCUUUUUUAAAAAUAAUUUGGGUCCUUCUAUUUAAUAAAGCUGUUGAACACCUUG